AUGAGCCGGACUGGUCGCCGCGGCCGGCUGCCCCGAGCGUCCACCGAGUCCUGCGGCGCAUUGCCGCCGUUUUCCUUGCUGCUUCUGCUCCUGGUCGAGGCGGCCAUCCUCCUGCGACCGGGCCACGCCACGACGGAGACCACGGCACUGCCCACCGACAACUCGUCCGCCGAAGUGGUUCCCGCCGCCACGCUUGCCUCGCACGGCGACGUAGGCGCACCGAGCAAGGCGGCACUCAGCCAGCCGCCACCUCCGGAAGAAGGCGGCGGCUACAUCUACUGGGUGCGCGGUCCCGAGCAGUACGUGUCGCUGUCGGGCGACCUGAGCGUCGAGUACGGGCUUCCCGAGGUACGCGGCGCCGCCGGCAGCGGUCCAGCUGGCGGGCUCACGGCGCACGUGGCCGACACUCGGGACGGCACGGUGCUCGCCAAGACCGACCUGCCCCGCCGAGGUUCCACGGGGCGCGUGGUGUUCGCCUGCGGACUCGUGCACCGCGCCGGAAAUUACAGCUUCGCGCUUGUCGCUGCUGACGGGGAAACCAUUCUGGCACGUUCCACACGGGACACGCUAGUUCGGUGGCCCCAGGUGCUGACGCACGUGCCCCUUUUACUGGAGACUUACGGCUCGGACGUGGUGGUGACGUUCGAGCUGCCGGGUCUGCGUUGUGCUCCCCUGCACCAGGACGACUACGGCUUCGUGGUGUCGCUGGUGUACCGGGGCGCCCACCGCGAGCCUCAGUCCUGGUUUCAGGAGUCCCUGGUCGACCAGAAGCCUCUGGCAAGCUGGGCCGAACUACGAAGCCACGACGUGACCCUCGACUGUCAUGCCUUCGACAGGGCCGGCUACUACCAGGUGAGGCUAUCUUGCGCCGACGACCCGAAGCUGCCGCUGGUGUCCGAGAGCGUGCCCGUGCGGGUAGUGUGGAGUUCUCGCUACAUGCUCAACGUCGCACAAGCAGCCAUAUCUAGCUGCCACGACGGAAUCAACGUUCUAUACCGGUACCCAACAACCUGCAGCAAGGAUCGCGACAAGGUUCGGGUGUACGGUCUUCCGGGUCCCGCCAGGUUACCGGCACACGCUUCUCCUCCGUGGCGCUACCUGUUCGAGCAGAGGCUGCCGCGGGGCAAACACGCGCUCACGCUCGGCUGCCACCUGUUUCACGAUGCGUACGCGCAGUUCUGCUUCGUCUACGUCAGCGUGGCUCAGAACGGCGCAGUCUUCGAGCUGCUCAGACAGUGCCGGCCCUGGUCGCUCGAGUCCGGUUCGGCGUCCUCCUGGGGCAACUGGUCUGACUGGGGUCCCUGCUCAGGGUCCUGCAACAGCGGAAGCCAGAUGCGUUACAGGCUCUGUGGCAGACCGGAUGGCACCUGCUACGGCAGCGCCUACGAUACCAGGCCCUGCAAACUAGAUCCUUGCCCAGAUACGACGCCGUCGGCGGAAAACGCGACAUCCACCACGCCGCUGCCGUCGACUUACUGCAUCUGCGGCUGCACGCUGACUGUGAUCCGGCGCGCCACGGUGCGCUUCUCCAGCACGACGCCGUGCGUGGACCGUUCCGUGUCGUGGGUGUUCAAGCCGUUCUCGCGGCGAAGGCUGGUCUCUGUCCGCUUGACCGUUGACGAACUGGACGCGGGCGAGAUUUCGGUGCGCGACGGCACGUCUCCUCUGGGUGUCCUGCUGGCCGCCAGCGCUUCCGAAGGCGGCACACACACUCUACUCGAGGCCACCUCCCUGUCGGGCCCAGUGCGCAUCGAUUAUGUGCCCGUCCAGGAUCCGGCUGGUAACGUGUCGGUGCAGCCUGUCGCGAGCUUCAGCAUUGCAUUCUGGGAAACGAACUUGACCUUGGCCUCCAUGGCAUCGCGUUACCCCCGCCACUCCGGCCUGGCGCCGUUCCACUCCUCCGUGCACGCGCUGCUGGCGUUUCUGGGCUGCGCCGUGGUGCUGACCGUGUCCCUGCUGGCGGUCGCCUACAAGAGCCGCUGCUGCUUAUCGCGCCGCCUUAAGGCGCGUAGCCUAGCCUCCGAGUCCUACUGCUCGGACGGUGGCCUCGACUCGCGGCCCACGGUGCGUCUUCUGGCCGCGGGCUCGCUCACCUCCAUCUCGGAGGUGUCCGCGGAAGGUGGCGACAUGCUGGACGAGGGUGAAGCUGCACCCGUUGCAGAGUCUAUUCCGCUCAAGUCGUCGGGUGAGAGUCCAGAGGACUACAUGGAGCAGGCGUGCCUGUUCAAGUCGGUCGGCUCCGUGUGUACUGCCUCGGUGACCUCUACCCCGGUGCUCAAGAAGCGUGUUCCCGUGGCCACAGUGUCUCCACAACCGCAGAGCCGGACGUGCACUCCCCGGCUUCCCCUCAAGCCGAGGCCGCUCAAGCACCUCCUCGCGGCGAGUGGAGACGGCGCCGAGGACUCGGUCGAGUCCCUCGACGCCGCGGGACGCGCAUCCAACGGUCCCAACAACCACCGGCGGGCUUUCGGUCUCGCCGACCGCGUCGCCAACUGCGGUUCUCGUGCGCUGGCCGCGUCCCUGUCCGAGCUCAGCACGAGCGGCACCGAGGACGGCUUCGAGCUGGACUACUACGACUACGGGUGCCACGACGUGCCCGGGUCCUUUUUCAGCGCCCAAGUGGGCAGCUGGCCGCCCUUCCUGCCGCUGCCGGUCGAAGACGAACUGCUCGAAUUGCAGCUUCAGAACUACACGUUACCCCCGCCGACCGAGACGACCGACCUGAGCCUGGUGGCUCAGGUACACGAGUCCGAAGACGAGCAGUGACUCGCAGUGCUGCGUGCCUCGCGCACCGAUAGGUCAAGUGGGGCGCGAAGAUGUUUUGAGCACAGAAACUUCGUUUGUAAACCGUGGCUUUUUGUUUCGCCGCGCGACUGAUACAGCCACCGGAGGUCGUGGGACAUCUCCGUAGUUAUUGACUACAGCGGUACGAUGAAAGCCAUUCGAUGAAAUAAUUUUCUACUGAAAGUCAUAAACGUACGGGAGAGGUGGGAUUUCAGCCCGCUUCAAAUUGUUGCCACCCGUCCGAUUUGUAGCAAAUAGCGCGACGAGUUUGCGCUUCGAUGUUGCAGAAUUGUACCUCGUUCUUAAGUUGCGCGUGCGACACUCCAUCUUUACGUUUUUCGGGGUACAUCCGAUGUUCGGACCAUCAUCGUUAGUAUUGCAGCUCGCGCUUUCAGUGACAUGCAGAGUGAAACCUUGUUCGAAACCGACCUAAGUAGUGUGCGAAAUGGUGUCAGUGUGAUCCAGUGGGCAAUCACCAAAGCCAAAUACAUCACCGAGUGCUCUGCUUGUGCUUCAGUUUUGAGCGUUUGCAGCAUUCAUUAAGGUAUCGCUUCUUUUAGGUCAGUCACCUGUGAUAUGGCUUGGUUCGCAAAUAGCUUCGCUUGACAACGAUUAGCACUCGGAGUACUACGUCAUUCCUUGUGCAUGCGACGCUAUAUCUCUUGGAUUAGAAAGCCAGGUAAACUGCUGGCAGACCGAUUACAGCAGGAGGUAACCUGAAAGUGGCGACUUUUGAAAGCGAAAGUGGGUCAUUUCCGUCAUGUUUACCGGCGUUACUAACACAGGUACAACGGCGGCAGAGCAGAAUAUGGCCUGUGGUACUUCUUAGGUUAUGUCAUCAGACCAGGCAAGUUAUUUAUUUUGUUUUUCGAAAACCAUGAGCAGUGGUUUAGAGGCCCAAUCAACAAAUAUUUUAGUACACAAAUGCUCUGAUACUAUCUGGUAAUAAGAUGUCGACGUCGCUUAAGCGUAAGCUUUUCUUUAUGUAAACGCGAGCGCUGUAAAGCCAAUGCUGACGUGCUAUGCGUUUCUUUUUUUUUUUUUGCAGCUAUUUUGAAACAGCGCCACAAACGAUCGCUGUGCUCAGAUGUGUAUGGCUUUUUUUGCCGUUGCAGCAAGUUUUUGUUGUUAGUUUGUUUUACUACUUGAAAGGUUGCUUCGCCUUGGCAUACGUCUUAGAAUACUCGUGAAUUGCAAGAAGGUUCACAUCUAACAGUUGCUAUCGCAUUCUGAAAUACCACUUACGUAAUAGCUGACGAAAUGAAUGAAGUAAAUUUAUAAAAUUAAAAGAUUAUAUUUUGCGAGAUGCUGUGAGUUUAUUUUCUGAUCCUAUUGAUAUAUUUAAGGCAGAAGGCCAAGCAUGGAGACUAAUAGAAGAAUGUACGUGUUGCUAACCAUUAGAGGGGAAAAGAGGUGUAGAGAAGUCGGGCGUAAAGCAAUACCUGAAGCAUUAUAGGUCAUUGUUUCGCGUCUCCAAAAAUUAAAUGUCAGUGAAAUUUUAUUCAUAAUGAAAACGUACGAAAUAAGUCGGUAACAAGUGGGUACAGAGUCUGCCUAUCUGAUAAUAUUUGUAACUUAUUUAUGCUAGCACUAAACUUAGCCAUAUUUCGCCAUUGAACACACUAACGUACACAGGUUUAGAAUCGCGAUGCCCGCUUUUAACCUACGACAGCUGCCCACUUCUCCAGUUUUGUCCGUUAUCCGCAUUUUCUUUGGGUCAUUUGACACCCUUCUCGAUACAGCUUACAGCAGUCGAUAGAAAUCAACUUCCUCCCAAUUCUUACAGUCAGUUUCCUACAAAUUUUUCAAUAAUCGUGUAUUUGAAUGGGGAACCUCGCGAAGAUCGCCAUGAACCAAAGCUUCCUUCAAAGUGCGUGCUGUUCUUGUUUUUUUUUUUAUUUGCGUAAUCCAGUACCUGACAACAUCGAUUCCCAGGCACUUAUAUCAUUUCUUCCUUUGUAACAUCAGUGCCCGACACACUCGAUAUUUAAUUAUUUUUCUUCCGACAAGUGCGUGCAAACAGUUGUUGAUUUGUUUUAGCAUUGCACCGGUGACAAAAGCGAAAUAUCGCAAAGCGAUCGCAGUUACCGAAUUGCGAUGCGUGGUGAUGCGACGCGUCGUCAACACGUUGAUGACGUGCUGAUAUCGAAGGUAUUCAGCCUUUCUCACUUUCUACGCUCAAAGCUGGUUCGGCAGAUGGCUGCAACUCAGGUUUUAUCAUGCUGAAACGAUCUUGAUAUAAAUUCAGAACCUCUCGAAGGCUGUAUAAGAUAACAAGAUAUCCGCUCGCUCCUUCCAUAAUCAAUGUAUACCAAUACGAACAUUGGGAAGGGCCAGCGAGAUGGCUCCGAGUCUGAUUGUAUCAGUCUGUCUAUUUGAAUCAAUCAACCAAUCUGCGUAUUCCGUGAGUGUCCAUUUCAAUCAAACAAUCAAUCAUCAAAUAAAGCUUUAUUAGCAGUACAAUAAAAGAACACAGUACAAGUAGUUAUGCAGAAGGAGGUAACGAGGUUGCAAACUUCAGGUGGAACCUUUCAUGUUAAUACACCACUUACACCUUUCAUUUGUACCUCAACACCUGGGGUCACGUGACUUGAGCGGCAGCGUCCGACAUGACGUCACUGCUAGCACAUUGCCAACGUCCCUGGACCUGGCUGUAGUGACGCUAGCAAAAUAGUGAGAGCCGCGAAGUGGCACAGUGUACAUUACCGAUUUCCGAACCAAGGAACCACCCGGUCUGGUGCCUGUGUGCACCACCAGCAUGGUUGGACUCGAUACUUAAGCUGAUUUAUCAUCAUCCCCGCUGACACUGGCUAAUGGCCGACCCUGGCGAGAUAAAAAUGCUUACGCAACGUCGGAUAUAAAACCCUGUCUUGAAUUCUAGUUGCACGGUGUAGAUAUUACGAAGUACUCGGCUUUUCUGCUGAGAACACGGAAUCCAGGGAAGUUCAAAAUUUAAAGGUAAUCGCCGCGUAUUCCUUUGAAGUACCGCCACGCUUCGCAAUUUCGACACUGUGUCGUGCCGUAGUGACGUAUACCGUCUAAUCGUACGCCACCGUACGAUUCUCGUUGUAUACUAAAAGGGCAUUACUUCGGUUAGCAUUGAUUUUUUUUGUUCCCAUAUCUGAGAUGGGACACGGUGAAGCGUAUCUCUUCUUUAUAACAGUGCACAUUGCCAUUGUUGUGGUCUUUGGAUUCUCAAUUGUGAGUGCAAAUCCGCGUUUAUCCUUAUCAGUGCGCGGGUCUACGAUGACUAGUCAUGGGUCACAACGAGGAUGUUAUUACGCCACAUAUAUACUUUCUAGGACAAAGGCCUAUUUUGUGUGAAAGGCCCUCACUUUAUGUAAUUUCCUCGCAAGCGAGAGCGCGUCUUAUUUACAGCGCCUUGGCGCAGUUGACAAUGAACCAAAUCGAAACUUCAUGAUGUGCAGCCCAGUGAAAGUUCUGUAUAUAGUAGAUGACGCUAGUCACCAUUAUAUAUAUGGCGGUUAAUAAAAAUGUUUUGGUACUCUA